CGCCACGGUCCACAGAAGAGGAUUAGACAGAUACCUCAGAGAUACCGAGAUACCCAGAUACUAGCUCAAGAACCUCCUUGAGAACACUGCACCUAGAGUUCGCUGUUUUUUUUCUUUUUUUUGCCCGAGUGUCCGGCGUGCUUGUUGAGAUCGCAGAGUUGAGUGCCAUGUUUCAGGACAAAGGACGCAUCCUGGUGAUCGCCCUGAUCGCCCUGGCCACGCCCUCGUGGGCCGCCUACAAGCUGCAGGAGCGCUACAACUGGAACCAGCUGGACUUCGCCUUCCCCAACGCCCGCCUCAAGGAGCAGGCGCUGGCCAGCGGGGACUACGUCCCCCAGAACGGCCUUCCCGUGGGCGUCGAGCACUUCGGCAGCCGGCUCUUCGUCACCGUGCCCCGCUGGCGAGAUGGCAUCCCUGCCACUCUGACUUACAUCAACAUGGACCGCACCCUGACGGGCUCGCCGGAGCUGAUUCCCUACCCGGACUGGCGCUCGAACACGGCCGGGGACUGCGCCAACAGCAUCACCACCGCCUACCGCAUCAAGGUGGACGAGUGCGGGCGUCUCUGGGUGCUGGACACCGGCACCGUGGGCAUCGGCAACACCACCACCAACCCCUGCCCCUAUGCCGUGAACGUCUUCGACCUGACCACGGACACCAGGAUCCGGCGCUACGAGCUGCCCGCCGUGGAGACCAACCCGAACACCUUCAUCGCCAACAUCGCCGUGGACAUUGGCAAGAGCUGCGACGACGCCUUCGCCUACUUCUCCGAUGAGCUGGGCUACGGCCUGAUUGCCUACUCCUGGGAGCUGAACAAGUCGUGGCGCUUCUCGGCCCACUCGUACUUCUUCCCGGACCCCCUGCGGGGCGACUUCAAUGUGGCCGGCAUUAACUUCCAGUGGGGCGAGGAGGGCAUCUUCGGCAUGUCCCUGUCGCCCAUUCGCUCGGACGGCUUCCGCACCCUGUACUUCAGUCCCCUGGCCAGCCACCGCCAGUUCGCCGUCUCCACGCGGGUGCUGCGCGACGAGACCAGGACGGAGGACAGCUACCACGACUUCGUGGCUCUGGACGAGCGCGGUCCGAAUGCCCACACCACCGCGCGGGUGAUGAGCGACGACGGCAUCGAGCUGUUCAACCUGAUCGACCAGAACGCCGUGGGCUGCUGGCACUCCUCCAUGCCGUACUCCCCCCAGUUCCACGGCAUUGUGGACCGCGACGAUGUGGGCCUGGUCUUCCCGGCCGACGUGAAGAUCGACGAGAACAAGGAUGUGUGGGUGCUGUCCGACAGGAUGCCCGUCUUCCUGCUCUCCGACCUGGACUACUCCGACAUCAACUUCCGCAUCUACACGGCCCCGUUGGCCACCCUGAUCGAGAACACGGUGUGCGAUCUGCGGAACAACGCCUACGGACCCCCGAAUGCCGUCUCGAUUCCAAAGCAGCCCGCCCUGCCCAUUGGCCCGCCCUCGUACACCAAGCAGUAUCGCCCUGCGCUGCCUCAGAAGCCGCAGACCAGCUGGGUUUCGUCGCCUCCGCCUCCGCCGCCGAGCCGCACCUACCUGCCGGCCGCCAGCUCGGGAAACGUGGUCUCCAGCAUCAGCGUGUCCUCAAAUGCCGUGGGUCCCGCCGGCGUUGAGGUGCCCAAGGCCUACAUCUUCAACCAGCACAACGGCAUCAACUACGAGACGAGCGGCCCCCACCUGUUCCCCACCCACCAGCCCGUCCAGGCGGGCGCUCCGGAGGGCCUGAAGACCUACGUGAACUCCCGCCAGUCCGGCUGGUGGCACCACCAGCACCAGGGUUAACCCAACCCGUGCACGGAGCAUGGGCGCCUUCACAACCACACGCUUGAUGAUAGGAUAUUUAAAUCACGAGGAAACGAAUCUUAAACACGGGGCAACAGCGGUUAUUUAAUACAUAUCCCACGAUGUUUUGGCCAGUGGCAAUCCAAGAAUUUCACCUAGUUUUGUACUUUAAGCAAGAAAUAAAUAAAUGAUU